UCUGAUCUUUUUUCUUAAUAUUUCCAUCAAUUAUACAAUUAAAUAAAAUAAUUUGUGUUUCAAAUUCAAAAGCAUUUUCUAACGAUGUCUAAGGAAGUCUAAUCUCACUAAUAAAUGCGUGAAACUGGUAUUUUCAUAGCUUCAGAGAAGAUAUAUUCAGGAAAACAGAAGAUUCAUGGGAUAAAUAAUUCGAGAAAAAUUAAUUUUGUAACAUACGGUUUUUAAUCAAUUAGUUUUUCAACACGAAAGUUAGAUGUUUACUAACUUAACUUGAAAGUGUGAAGAUGAAAACUCGUGUAGUCCGAGAUAUAACUGAAAAACAUGAUAUACGUUUAUUAAAGCAAUUAUGUGCUUUUCAGAAUUAUUAUUCAACUGUCCGCGAGAUAACUUAUUUACUAAACUUCGCCAAUCUUGAAACAUUUGAUAAUGAGAUUAAUCCAAAACAUAUUAUUCGGGAUACAAUGAUAAUAUAUAUGCGUACCGCAUGUAAUAUCUUUAAAAAACGUCCUUUGGAAACACUUGUUUUCAUGUAUCUCGACAAAAAUAAAAUCGUACGCAAAUUCAAAUUUUCUAACAAUAUGCCGUUUAAUGAUGAUAUCACAAUUCUAUGUUUUCUAUAUUAUAAAAUAGAUAGUCCUUCUUAUAGAAGCGAAAUAAUGCAGCUAUUGAUAUCACUAAUGAAAAAUAAAUACGGAAUAGAAUUUGGAAUAGAAAUAAAUAGGAAUAUAUUUCGGCAGUCCACACUACGGGAAAAUUCUCUCACAUUGCGUAAUGUAGUCUUGUCUUACCCGAGUAUAAUGUUUGAUAUGAUGGGCUGUGUCACAACUGUUGACAGGUCUCUACAUGAUGAAUUUCCUAAUAUUCCUAAAAUGUUUUUUUUCACCGUAAUUUAUAAACUUUUCCCCGCAAAAUGUAAAGAUAGACCUCUCGCGAUGCAAUUGAUUACGACACUUAUUGAAAACGAUGAAGUUACUGAAUUUAGAAGUAAUUUAGGUUUAGCAGAGAUUUCAUUACAAGAGGCAAUGUCUUCAUUUUUUAUAUUCUAUAUUGAAGAAUUCUUUCCUGAACGUUUGAAAAUAGAACUUUGCGAAAAGUGGAAGAUUGUGAUUAAAGAGGGAGAUAUAUAUAAAUAUGCACCUUGUUUUGCAGCAUAUCGUCAAAAAGCUAAAAUGAUGAUAGCAGAAAAAAGACUGAACGAUCCGGACUUACAUUAUAUACUUCAAAUAACAUAAUUACCAAUGCAAUUUCUAUUAUUACUAUAGGCAUGAUCA